AUGGCAGUACCUAAGACACUGGUAGUGGCCGGAGCAGGCGUCGUGGGACUAGCAAUAGCGCGUGUAGCUGCUUGUCGAGGGAUCGAAGUUUUAGUGCUUGAAAAAAAUGAAUUUGUCGGACAAGAAACCAGUGCACGGAGUAGUGAAGUCGUGCAUGCCGGUAUUUACUACACUAAAGACAGUUGGAAGGCGAAACUAUGCGUUCAAGGCAAAGAAAAGCUCUAUAAGUUUUGCGACGACUUUGGUGUACCGUAUUUACAAUGUGGUAAAUUAAUCGUGGCCCAUUCGCAUCAGUCGGAGCAGUUGCGAUCAAUUUUGAAGCGUGGACUGGCAAAUGGUGUGAAUGACUUGAAGCUCCUGACAAAGACGGAAGCACGAGCUAUUGAGCCACAGGUAAAAUGCCACGAAGCGCUGUUCUCACCAUCGACGGGUAUCGUUGACUCGCACGCGCUCAUGCAGGCGUUGCAGGGCCAUGCCGAGACUUUUGGUACCGUUGUGGCGCGUAAAACGACAGUCCAAGGAGGCAGUUAUGAUACAAAAACGAAGACAUUUGUGAUUAGAGCAAUACAGAACAAUGGAGAAGAUGAACAAGAGGUAAGGUGCGACUACUUUGUCAAUGCGACGGGCAUGUUUGCGCCGAAUUUCUUUGACAAAAUGGAUUCUAGUGUUGAACAUCCAUCGAUACUGUCGCUUCCCUCCCUUCCCAGUCGGUAUGCCAAGGGAACGUACUUGAAGCUCAGCACACAAGAUCGACCUUUCAGUCAUUUAGUGUAUCCUAUUCCUGAGGUUGGCGGUCUUGGUGUGCAUGCGACGAUUGAUCUAGCCGGGCAUGUUCGAUUUGGACCAGACGUUGAGUGGAUCAAUGAUAUUGACUAUCAACCUGACCCGUCAAAAGCGGAAGCCUUUGCAGCGAAGAUUCGUGCAUACUGGCCCGGAGUGCGCUCAGAGCUACUGAAAGCUGAUUAUUGUGGCAUUCGCCCAAAGAUUACCGUCAACGGCAAGAUCUUUGAGGACUUUUACAUAGCGGACAAACAUUCCCAUGCUGUUCCAGGCUUUGUGCAUCUUUGCGGCAUCGAGUCACCUGGUCUUACUGCAUCGCUUGCAAUUGCAGACACUGUUGUCGACAUGCUGCAAGAAGAAAAGUGA